AUUUUUUGACAGUUUGACUUGUAAUUUUUAAUAUUUUUUUCGGUUUCUAAAUUUUUGGCUUCAAAAUUCAGUCUCACGUCGGAAACGUCUGCUUGAGGGCAACCUGUGUGGCUGUUCCUCCAAGUACAAAUGCACUGUUGAGUCAAUGGUACCGCUGCUAUGCGUGCAAAACCAAGAAGGAAACGCCCCAGUUUCGGCUGGACCGCGGACCCUUCGCCUCCCAGUUGGACUACCAGUCGCGGCUGCAACUCGAGGCUCCAGCUAUGUCGGUACCCCUUAGUGGCAUUAUAUGCACCGUAGGUCCCUCCUCGCAACGAGCGGAUGUGCUCUUGGAGCUUAUUCGGGCAGGGAUGCGGGUGGUGCGGAUGAACUUUUCGCACGGCAGCCACGAAUACCACUCCAAAACCAUUCAGGAGGCACGUAAAGCCAUUGCCAUGUAUCAAGAGGAGACGGGUUUGCCAAAGGCGGUGGCCCUGGCACUGGACACGAAGGGUCCAGAGAUUCGGACGGGUAUGCUAGCCGGGAGCAGUGACAAAGCCGAGGUCGAGCUGAAGACUGGCGAUAAGGUCACUCUUAGCACGAAUAAGGAUUUGGAAAAAAACUGCACCAAGGAGAAGAUCUUUGUGGACUAUCAGCAGUUAGCCUCCAUCGUAAAGCCAGGAAACCACGUUUUCCUCGACGACGGCCUGAUCGCACUGGUGGUCAAAGAAUCGAAGGGAGAAGAGGUGGUCUGCGAGGUGGAGAAUGGGGGCAAGCUGGGCUCCCACAAGGGGGUCAAUCUGCCAGGGGUGGCAGUGGAUCUGCCAGCCUUAACCGAAAGGGAUAGGCGGGACCUGCAGUUCGGAGCAGAGCAGAAGGUGGACAUGAUCUUUGCAUCGUUCAUCCGCGAUGCCAAAGCUCUGGCCGAUAUCCGGCAGGCUCUGGGACCUGCGGGUGAUCGCAUCAAGGUUAUCUCCAAGAUCGAGAACCAGCAGGGUCUGACCAACAUAGACGAAAUAAUCCUAGCAUCGGACGGCAUUAUGGUGGCCCGUGGCGACUUGGGCAUCGAGAUCCCAAGCGAGAGCGUUCCACUGGCCCAGAAGUCGAUCAUUGCCAAGUGCAACAAAGUUGGCAAGCCGGUGAUCUGUGCCACGCAGAUGCUGGACUCGAUGACGACCAAGCCGCGACCCAGCCGUGCCGAAGUCGCCGAUGUGGCCAAUGCCAUACUCGACGGAGCGGAUGCUGUUAUGCUUUCUGGCGAAACGGCCAAGGGGAAGUAUCCGGCGGAGGCCGUGCGCGUUAUGGCCAAGAUUUGUGCCAAAAUGGAGUCGGUCUUGUGGUACGAGAGCAUACAGAACAACCUCAAGCGGGAGAUCCGUACCAGUGGCGGCGACCACAUUUCUGCAGUAACUACGUCAAUUGCGGAGGCCGCUACUGUGGGUCAGGCCCGGGCCAUAGUCGUUGCCAGCCCGUGUUCUAUGGUGGCCCAGAUGGUCAGCCACAUGAGACCGCCGUGUCCAAUCGUGAUGCUCACAGGCUGUCCCUUCGAGGCGGCCCAGUCGGUGGUAUUCCGAGGCAUAUAUCCUUUGCUCGUAGAGGAUAUGGUAAUAGGGAAUUUGGACUUCCAGCAGGUAAUAAACUCGGGUCUCAAGCUUAUGAUUAAGAUGGACAUUAUCGAGCCGGGACAAAAGGGUUCGGUGGUGCUGGUCAAUGCCAUGUCGGCCGAAAAAGUCAGCUUCCGGCUGUUCACCUUUCAGCAGCCGACCAAGGCGGAGCGGGAACAGAAGGAACGCUGCAAGAAGCUAGCUCUGGAACAGCGCUGCAAGAAGAGAGCCGAAAAGGAGACCUGCCGCAAGUUAAACGAGGAGGAGAAUUGCAGGAAAUUGCUCGAGGCGGAUAAGUGUAAGGCCAAUGAAAAGUCCUCGAAGGCAGAAAGUCCUUUAACGCCCGACUCCUGCAAGAUAGAAGAAGAUCGACAAAAAUGCAAGCGAAUGGAGUUGGAAGAGAAAUGCAAAUUAGCUGAGGAGAAGGAAAAGGAGAAAGAAUUGAAGUGCCAGCAACUGAAAGAAGAAGAGAGGCAAAAGAAAAUAGCAGAAAAAUGCAAGCGAAUGGCGUUGGAAGAGAAAUGCAAAUUAGCUGAGGAGAAGGAAAAAGAGCAAGAAUUGAAGUGCAAGCAGCUAAAAGAAAAAGAGAGGCAAAAGAAAAUAGCAGAAAAAUGCAAGCGAAAGGCGUUGGAAGAGAAAUGCAAAUUAGCUGAGGAGAAGGAAAAAGAGCAGGAAUUGAAGUGUCAGCAGCUGAAAGAAAAAGAAAGGCAAAAGAAAAUAGCAGAAAAAUGCAAGCGAAUGGCGUUGGAAGAGAAGUGCAAAUUAGCUGAGGAAAAGGAAGAAGAGAAAGAAUUGAAGUGCCAGCAGCUGAAAGAAGAAGAGAGGCAAAAGCAAAAGACCAAAGAAUGUAAGCGAAUGGCGUUGGAAGCGAAAUGUAAAUUGGCUGCGGAGCAAGAAAAAGUUAAGGAGCAACUCAAGAUAAUUAAGGAGGAGACGGCAAAGUUAGAAGCUGCCCAAAAAGCUAUGCUUGCGCAGGAAGAGUCCAAGAAGAAAGAGGACCUCGAAAAAUGCCAGCAGUUGGCUCAAGAAAGGAAAAAGAAAGAGCAGGAAAAACAGUGCAAGCGACUGGAAGAGGAGGAGAACAAAGCAGAUAUGGCCGAUAAAUGGAAACAGUUGAAGGCCGAAAGGAAGAAGAAAAAUGAAGCUGAGCUGUGCAAAAAACUAGAGCAGGAACGAAUCAAAGCAAAGAAGGAAUUGGCCAAAAAGGCCUUGAAGGCCGUGUGCAAAAGGAUAACAGAAGUAACGAAGGACAAGAAGACCGAGAAAUAGUUUAGGCAGAGGGAAGUUUUUUAAUUGUAGGUUUGAAUUAUAAAUUUCAUGUAAA